AUGCAGAGUUUCCUGGGACGACUGAACCGAGCCGUGUCUGAUCGCGGCCCGCCCGAAACAAGCCCAGAUCCAGGCACGCCAGGCAUACCCGUCACACCUGACUCUCUACCAUGCGAUGAGCCCAACUUCGGAGCCGGAUCGAGCGCCAUGAACCGUUUCUCGCGCGUCCGGAACUUCCGCAUGGGCAACAAACGAACACAAAAGUCCGCGGGAGGCGCACUUGGCUCGCCCAUACAAGACGACGAAAGCGCUAGCCUCGGCAGCGGUGCCAAGGAAGCCAGCAUACCCUACAUACCCGCUUCCCCAAACUUGUCAGCUGGGUCCUCUUUCUCCGCGUUACGACGUACCUUGGACCGCAGCUACCGGUCCUCCUCGUCGAGUAUUCCGCGCGGAUCGAUGCAAAAAGAGCGUGCCGCGUCCCAUGGCUCCGCCGCUGAAUCAAACCUGAUCGACGCAUCGGAUCUCGUCAUGGGACCGAUUCAGCUAGCGGACGAAGCGCCGCACGACGCAGAAACUGCCUCUGUACACAGUCACGCUCUGGAAACGCCAGCAGAGCCGCUAGAGGAUGCAUGGUGUCCGGGCGUUCGCGUACCCUCCUCAGCAGAAUCCUACGUGUCCACCCCUGUCUCUGCGACCGUGCCGGUACUCCCCCCUGUGACAACCGAGCCAUUCUCGCCGAUCGAGUCGGUAGCGACGCCCGAGACGUUUGCGGCGAGCCUCUUUGUCACACCAUUUGAAGAUGCAGAAGCGUCACCGCUGCAAAGUCCGCUUCCCGAUACCAGCCAAUCCUCCCCCAGCUCUCCCCUCUUCCUUCCUAAAGACGACGCCUUGCCCCAUGCCCGGAUACCGCCCAUAGCGCCCACCAAAGAAGCCCGCGCAUCCCUGACCAGCAUUCCGCGGUCGAUGAGCGCAGCGGAAAUGCCUGCACUCGCGCCGGGCACGCCUGUGCAGGAUGCACAGAGCGAGCAAGAGAGUAUGUUUGGCACCAUUGGCAAGCGCGGCAUGGAAAUGAUGCGCAACUUGCGCCACCGCAAAGGGCACGCUGCAUGGAGUCCGCGCUUGGAUACGAUCAAGACAGACGCCAAACGGCGCUCCUUUUUUGUCCCAAGCCUCGGUUCUUUCUCGCGCGAAGCUUCCAAGGCGCCGCAGACACCGACGCAAGUUUGGCUCGACUGGCUCGAGUCGAGUCCCGCAUCGCCAGCCCCUUCCUUGUACCAGAGCGCGACGUCGCGGACGAUAUUGAAAGGACUGCGGCCCUCCUCUGUUUUGUCGAAUUCCGCCAGCAUGCAAUCGCUACGGAUUCCGCAGCGUGUUCCGUCGCGCACUGCGGAUGCGCCGCAGCCGCUGUUCGGCAUGCCGCUCCGGAAAGCCGUCGCGAUUUCGCGCCUCGACGCUCCAAUCAUGCCAGACACCGUAGCUAGCCUCGGCGCCUAUCCGCCCGAAGCAAGCGAUGCGGAACGGCCUGCGCUGUUGCACCGCGCCGAUGCGCAGGAAAAAUGCCUCCCGCGAAUUGUCGCGCGGUGCAUGCAAAGUUUGGAAAAAUGGGGCGUCGAAGAGGAGGGUAUCUACCGCAUCUCGGGGCGUUCUUCGCACUCGUCCCGCCUGCGCGCUCUUUGGGAAAUCCCUAGCGUGGACUUGAAUCUCGCCGAGAUCAGCCCGGCAGACUUGGACGUGCAUUCGGUGUGCAGUGUACUGAAAAUGUACCUGCGCGAACUGCCUGAAUGCCUCGUCCCGACCGACGUCCGGGCGGAAUUUGACAAGGUAUGCGCAGAGUUGCCUGUCGCGGAACAGCUCCGCGUUGGCCAGGCGGAUUUGGAGGCGCGCAUGGAUGCGCUACGUCUUUCUGGCACGAAUGCAGCCGAGAUGGCGACGCAGCGGCUCUCGUCCUGCAUGCGCCGAAUUCCAUACAGCCAGUGGUACCUUUUGCGAGAAAUCUCUUUGCAUUUGGGGCUGCUGAUGGAUUCCGCGACAGUCAGCAGCACAAAGAUGCCACUGUCGAAUUUGACAUUGGUCCUCGCACCCACGCUCCAGGUUUCGGGACCCAUGUUGAUGACGCUAGUCCAGUUCCGGGAUAUUCUGUUCUCGGAAGAGACAAGGCCUGGUACGGACCCUGUCUUGGUGCAUGCAAAUGAGGUGGCGACGCCGCCACUGCCGCCUACACAGAAUGAAUUAGCUGCGGCGCUGGAUGCCGCGGCUCAAUCCCCGUUGGAUACGUCGGAAAGCGACACACAGUCUCUGCGUGCGCAACCAGCCGUCCAGCUUGCUUCCUUUCCUGCGCUGGGACUCGGGAAACUGGUCCACCCUGAGGCGUUGGCUGAGCAGGGCAGCGCUUCGGUUGUCCCUUCGCCGAGAGAGGACGUGGAUGCGGACCGGUUCACAGACGCGGAAAACGACGAGCUUGGCACGGAUGAAACUAUGCCCAUUCCGACAGAUGGAUUGCAAUAA